AGAAUUUUCCGACACCAUCAUCCCCUACCACGUACCCAACCCCAUCUGUCAAACCACAUUUGGAUGGUAAUCAGACGACUCACUGCGGCAUUCGGCUCACGGCACAUUAUGGUUAGUGUAUUUCCACCCGCUAACCGAUUCGUACGCAACUGCUCGAGACUUUAUCUGUGGUGAUUUUCUUACUAAUCCUUUUGCAAUAAAAAGGAAAGAUUGUGCUGAAAGUGUGAAAGUUGUGAAAAGUAAAGUGUGAAACGAUUGUGCGCAAUUUGUACGAUUAAUUGUUGAUUUAGAGUUGUGACAGACGUUAAAUUAAAAUUUCGCAAACUCAUUCAACCAUUCAAGCUACCGGGUUGCUGGUGUGUGUAUGUGAGGUGUGGUGUUUUUUUCGCAUUGAGCGUCAUUAAUUUCAGUGAACACAAAGACAUUACGUACAGCGGCGUGCGUGCUUCCCCGUUUCUGUUUGCAAUCUCUGCAGAAAACGCACAGAAACGUUUAAGUAGUUAAAACAAGCAGCAACCAACGGUGGACAUAAACAUGAAAGAGAUAAACAUAAACAGUGUGAAUCAUUCGGAGUUGCUAAGCGAUUGUCAGCCUCCGGUGCCGGUUGCUGUCGGCGUUACCAAGGCGAUGGAGGAUGGCGAUGUAACCGCAAUCGGAGUGCUGGAUGGGAAAGGAGGCAAUCAAAUUCAAGCCCUGCUGGAACGGAAUGAAAAUCCACCUGAAGUCCUUGCUGGCGCCACGCUUCACCGUCCAAUGCGAACGUUUUCUCCGAUCAGUGGCGUUUCGAAGUUGUUAAGGAACCUUUAUCUAUGCGGCGGAAGUGCGGCCUCGGUAGCCAUGAUGCAGCAGCUCGGUGUAACCUUCGUGAUUAAUGCUACCACCGUAACAGAAUUGACUGAUACACCACUUCCGGCGGAGGAUACACGCUAUCUAAGAAUCCCGGUAAAGGAUAACCGUGAGGCGAAUCUGGAACGAUACUUCCACGAGGUGGCGGACAUGAUCGAAGAGGAGUCCAAAGCUGGCGGAGUUGUGCUGGUACAUUGUGUCGCUGGCAUCAGUCGUUCGGCUUCCCUUUGUCUGGCUUACCUGAUGAAGUACCAUCGGAUGAGCUUAAAGGAUGCGUACAAUCACAUAAAAGACAAGCGGCCACAAAUUCGACCCAACGUGUCCUUCGUCAAGCAGUUGAUGGACUUUGAGCAGAAACUGUACGGUACACGCACCGUCACGAUGGUGUACUGUCACGCACUCGAUCAGGAACUGCCCGACAUUUACGAGCCCGAGUUCCGCACGAUGGAAAUGCUGUAUCAAAAGUUUCGUCGAAAUAUUGCACGGCGUUAGAAUGUGUAACGCUCAUGCUUUGAAAUUAUUCCACUUAUUCCCUUUUUAAUCUUUAGAAUAUGCGUGUAAGAUGAAUGUAAAACGGUGAGCUAGUUGCAUGUUUACCUACGUCUCAGCUAUUAAUACUUCGCACGUGUGAAACCGAAGACUAAAAACCGUAGGCGAGGGCUAGCGUUAAGACAUAAGGCAUCGGUCAGUUACGCUGACCGAUCCAUUAUCUACUGAUUUAUGAUAGUAUUCUCCUUCUACAACUUUAUGAUUCUCGAAGCGUUUAAAAUGGCGUCGUCGAGAAGGGUUUGUGACUAAAACGGCCCACCUGCAUGCACAUUGUAUGUACUAAAAUAUUAAUCGUUUUAAUACCUAUUCUAACAAGCGACAGAAGACAGUGUAAACAGAGCUAGUAGAGAGUGCGGUGAUUAUUGGAUGUAAAUCUAAACCUCGAUAUGCAAUGCACCAUUCUUCGGCAAUACGUCGGGUUCGAAAUGAAAAAAAAAACCUCAUACUACAGUACAGUUAAGCCAUUGAAGAUUUCCUCAAGACAGGUCCCACUGAUUCGAAACCACGUAAAUAAAAAUUGCUGUGAUUGGAAACAAAUGAUAAAUGUUAAGCGAAAGAGAAAAGGCAAAGGAUUUCAGUUCUUUAUUUCUCUGCCGGAGCGAAUUUUGCGAAUUGCAGAACUGAGCGGUUGAGGUUAGACGGAUUUUGUUUUUGAACAGUAGUUUUAAACUUUUAAACUCAUUUACAAUGAUGUUGUACGACACACUCGCAAAUAAAUAUUAUUAAAUAAUGUAAAA